AUGCCGGCAUUGGAAUGCUUACUCAUCAGGCGUGUGAAGGGGAUCACGGAGCUUCCAGAGACUGUUGGACUUCUGUCGCAGCUGCAGCAGCUCACGAUUGACGACCAAGACAGUUCCUCAUGGUUACCCAGGGGUUAUGGCUCGAUUGAACCAUGUGAAGCAGAGGGGGUGGAUGAGGAGGAUGAGGAGGAUGAGGAUGAGGAGGAUGAGGAGGAGGAUGAGGAGGAUGAUGAGGAUGAUGAAGAUGAUGAGGAUGAUGAGGAUGAUGAGGAUGAGGAUGAGGAGGAUGAUGAUGAGGAUGUGGGGACCGGCUCCUGGAUGAUCUCAGGCGGUGAGUACACUCAUGUGCGUUGCCCUUCUACAAGUCUACCGGCGCCAUUGAUCUUUGGAGUAGCUGGAGAUCCUGCUGGAGGCGUAUUUCACUCAGGUGGAUCGGCUACUGGACAACUUGACCGCUCUCUCUUCCUCCCUCCUCCCCCUUUCUUCCAGCUACACGAGUAUGUGGAUGACAGGGAGGACUUUGUUAUGUACGUGGACGACACGGAGGACUAUCUCCACGAGUACGCGGAGGACACGGAGGACUAUGUGAACAUACAGCUGGACUAUCGCAGGAACCAUCUACAGGGGACGCAGGUGGGUGGUGCUGAUGACGUGGCAAGAAUGAUGACGUGGCAGCUCAUCCAGGCAACGGGGAUGGUGCUGUUGAUGCUCAUUGUGACCAUAGCAGCCUUCUCAAUCAACGAUACCUACUGUCUGGGCAGCUGA